AAAGACGUCGUCGUCAGACUGGAAGAGAGCGAUGGCCGCGUAUCACGUGCUUGAGACGACAUGCCGACUGAUCGACCGCGGAGGACUCGAUCGCCGGACGAAGCUCGAGGCUACGGGACGGAUCACGCAUGAAAUGAAGAAGGACCCGAUGCUCCUCGAGAUGUUCGCCGUCGAGCGCAUUCAAAACUGCGCGCGGGGUCUCAUGUCCGACACGGACACGUCUGUCCGUACGGCGGCAUUGCGUGUGCUUCGUUACUCCAUGAUCAACUGCGCGUCCACGGCACAAGCCAUCAAGCUGGGGGUGCACCUGUUCGUGUCCCGGAGCAUGGAGCGCGACGCAAAGCUCGUGGGUGAACGCAUCCAGGCGCUAAAAGUCGUGCGUCGGCUCAUGGACAUUGACGCGUCGCAGGUCCCGACCAGCGUCGUCCGGUCCGUGGUCGCGAUUGCCAACCACAAAGAAGACAACCUGCGCCGCGUGGCGCUGGAAACACUGCGCGAACUGGCGAUUGCCAAUGUAUCCGUGGUCAUGCAAUGCAACGGCAUCAAGACGUUGGUCGACUGCAUCCUCGACCCCACAUGCCAGGACCUGGCGGACGCGCUGCUCAUGACGAUCAUGUACUUGAUCAACGAGCCCGCGAACCGCAAUUUGAUUCACUCAUUCGUCAAUGUACAAGUCCUGCUGGCGCCACUGACAGACACGGACACCCCUGCCGGCACAGAACGUCGGCAGCGGUGGACUGCCAGCCGCAACGCCAUCGUCAUGAUGAUGCGGUCGUGGACGGGUAUACUCAUCAUGACAGCCAACCCACAAGGCCUUCGAUCGCUCGUGCGCAUGCUCGAACAACCCGUGGGCGACGACGUCAAGAAGGUGGUGCUGGCCACCAUUUGCGACAUAUUUUAUACCCACGCGCCUCUCGACAAGAAUGGCAACGACGUGGAUCGAAGUGGCGACUCGAUCAAAGGCGCAAGUAGUAGCGCCAAGCAGCAUGCGGCGGCGGUCGUGUCGACGCAUGCUCAGACGAAUCUCCUCGAUAACUACAUGGUGAUGGUGCUGCUGUCCCUCGGGCACUGCGGCCUGCUCCAAGCCCUCGUCGCAUUGGGAACGUGCGCGAACCGAACCGCGCUAGCCGAACCAGCGAUUGAACUGCUCAGUGAGAUCCUGCACUUGAGUGCGCGGCUACUGCCAGACCAGCACUGCGCCAUGCUGCUGGCCCUGCCGCAGCUGGUGGCGACGACUGCAUACUCGCAAGUGGACUACCUCGCGGAUCUGCAGACCAAGCCCCCCGAGGACCGCCUGCAGCGCGAACGCGCCAUCCGGUCGUCGGAAAUGCUGGCCGAGCUGGCGCACGCGGUGGGGGCUAGCUCGAGCUCGGGGGGUCUCGUCACCCGCCAGAACCCCCUCGCGGGGGGUGCCGCCAACGGCGUCCACCUCGCGUCCGAGUUGCUUCGGGGUACAAAUCGUCCGCUGCACAACUUUAGCAUGCAAAGUCCACGAGACAGUGCGCGGGAAAUGUUGGUGUACGACCUCAAAGUGCACCUUGACAACCAAAUGGACGACCACACGUUUCGGGACCUUUUGAUGCACAAGAGCCGAGUCUUAUCCGGAAAAGACUGGUUCCGGUGGAACUGGGAUAUUAUUUCCGAGCUGCUCGAAGGACCGCUGACCAACCCCGCGCGGCUCUCGGAGGCAAUGAAAACCAAGUUUUUCAAGCGCGUGUCGGGGUUUUUUCGAUGUGACAACAGCGACAAAGGGUACUUUGCAGGGCUGCCGUGGACGCCCGACUACGUGCCGUACUUGCGUCCGGCGUGUCAAAUGUACACGCUGCUGUUGAAUCAUCCCGAAGGCAUUGCGUUCUUGAAGACCGAUCGACGAGGGCAAUUGCUGAAUGAGAUUUCUACCGCAUUGGAACUCGAAGCCAGACCGGAAGCUGCGAUCGUCGAAUCGCAUUUGGGCGAGUUGCAAGCCAGGAUGUUCAGUCCGGAAUAUUGCUCGCGACGCAUGCUUCGCGAAUACUUUACGCUCUUGGGUCUUAUGAGCUCGUCCCCCGAAGGGCUGAAAAUGAUGCAGCGCAUAUUUGCGCGCUUGACCAAGUUGGGCACGGCCAAGGUCCUCACCGACAAAGGCCAGCCCAUGGACAUGUCCAAGACCCAGCGUGCCGUCAAAGAUAAGAGUCAAGGCCAUGACUUUCUGUGUCGAUUGAUCUUGGCCAACUUGGACUACACAGUCGAAGGCAGUUCUCGUCAACUGCUCACGGAUUGGAUGAACUUUGGCUCCGAGUCCCUCCGGCUGUACGCCACGUGUUUGUUGCGGGCGUUGUUGCGGUCUGAGGUGGAAGGGUUUGAGCGGUGGGGCAUUGAAAGCUUGGUUGCCCAGCUGGACAAAGAGACGAGUGUGGCGCGGGCGGCGCUGAGUGUGCUGGAGGAAGCGGCCGAGUCCCCCGUCUACUUGUCGGCUAUGAUCAAGAAGCGGCCGCUGCAGCUCGUACACCUCCAGGCCGAGUCGCUUUUGCUCAAGUUCUUGUCCCUUCCCGAAGGCCUAGCGUUUCUAAAAGACGUGCCAAACUGGAUCCCGACCAAGUUGGUGCAGUGGCGGCAAAGCAAAGUCGUCAACUACGUCCACGUGGUCGAGUCGCAUCUGCUCCGCGGGGUCUUUCGGGACAAGCAGAGCGUCACGACCAACACGUCCAAGGCGGCUUUGAAGCCCGUGCCAAUUCCAGUCACAGUGCCCAAUCGACGCAGCUCCAACUUUAAGCACGGCCCGCAUCGGGACCAAUGGGGGCUGGAGUGGCUGUUUCGUAUGCCGUGGAACAUCGAAGUCAAGCUCGUGGGGCCCCCCGGGAGCGGCCCCCCCGCGCAUUUAACCAUAGACGCGUACGUAGACGCAAGCGAGACGGGCCACGACGCACACACGCCGUCGGACGGCAACCACCUCAAUACAAUUCGCAUCAAGGGGGUGGUUGUGGAUGCCCGCAACAUCCCAAAGCCCGUGACGGUCAAUAGCCAGCAAACGCUCCAAGCGUGUUUGUUUCUGGGGGCGCAACCCGUGGAUCGGAAGGGGCAUACCAAGCCGGCGCCGACUUUGAACGGCGGAUUUCCUGCCCCAAAUGACAAGGAACCAGGGUCGACCGGGGGGGUAGGGGGACUGGGGGGACUGGGAGGGGGAGGGGGGGGAGGACUGGGAAUGGGAGGAGGGGGGCUGGGAGGAAAUGCUUUAACAUCUACUGGCGGCCCUCCGAUUCGGUCGCGAACGGAGAGUCGAGGUGUGAUCGAUCGGUCGUCCGAGCAGAGUGGGAAUCUGGACAGCUCGAUGGCAUACGAAGCCCCCGACGAGAACAAAGACUGGAGCUCAUGCGGGCCUGAGCAUCGCACCGCGGCCGCGCUCUUCCAAGCCGCCACCCAUGAUAGUUUGACGGAAGCGAGCGUGUGUCCCGCGGGGGAGCGCGCCGUGUGGACGUUUGACAUGGACACGGACAACCACCAGAUCAAGCGCGUGCAGCUGAAAAGCGUCGAGUUUACGAUCCAGCUGCUACCGUCCAAAGCCCCGACCGUCCCCCUCCCCCGCCACUUUUACGGCGAGCUCGCGAAAACCGACGACGGAUGCGCCAUCCUAAGCCAGUCCGGACACGUGGCAGAGCUGGUGGCGUCGCUCAAGGACCCCACCGCUGUCCCGUUGGAGAAGCGGGCGGCGCUGUGGACGCUGGGCCACAUUGGCGGCACCAACCGCGGAAUGGAUCUGUUGACAUCCCAUGCCGACGACCUGGUCGAGUGUAUCGUCCAUAUGGCAACGUCGUGCGACCUGCUAAGUCUCCGGGGCACGAGUCUCUUUGUACUCGGGUUGAUUGCGCGAUCCAGUGCGGGGAAGCGCGCGCUGUCGCAUGCCGGAUGGGCCGUGCCCCGGGAUCCCCUCGCGUCCGUCGCCGUGCCCAACUCGGUGGCUACGUUGUUUGUAUGGCCGACGGCGACGCCGCCGUACCCGAGUGAUCUCGUAGACGUGUCGUUCAAACCGUUUGUGUCUCCCCACUUUGUCAAGUCUGCCAAAACCACGGCCAAAACCAAAGAAAUCCUGCGGCUCGUUGGGGACUUGAGCUCGACCAUCUCCCAGAAAGAGGCCGGCGCAUCGCUCAAUCGUAUGAAGGGGUCGCACCCUGAGCUCUUUGAAGACACGGAGACGGCGCUGGCGGCGCACACCAUCUUGGCGCGGUACCAUUACCGCCUCUCCGCGCGCCAGUUUGUCAUGAACUUGUUCGAGAAGGCCGAUUUGUCGAAUGCGGCGCUCAAUUCGUUCUUGUGGCAAGGAGAAGAUCCCCAGCAAGCCGCACCCCAGGGCGGCCGGCGGCGUCGGUCGUCGGUCAGUGCGCCGUCGCUCAGCUCCACGAUCCAAUCCCUUCUGCAUAGCCACAGCAAGGAGACGGUGCUGGCCACGGCGCGACACAUUCCAGACCACGAAAACACCAUCUUUGUCGGAGCCAGCGAAGCCAUGGUGUAACUUCAAAGGAGUAAACAAGGGCAUUUCAUCAAUCGAUCGACUUGCGAACCAAUCAGAACGUAGCAAUUUCAGAAACAACCAAUGAGAUUGCGUUUAUGUAUUUCGACAACCAUGCGUGCCGCCUUCG